CAGUUACCAAACAAAACGCGUGCGGUCAACAACACAGCGGCAACAACGAUUUAACCGUUAGCUUUGUAAAACGUGAUCAAGCAAUAAAUACAGUGGAAACAUUCGGAUAUAUUUGCAGACAAACUUUUUUUUUUGGUUGCUGUAGCCAUGGCAAAUUUGAAUACGCUGCUGCUGCCCCUCAUUUUCUUAAUUGUCGCAUUUGUCGCGAACACUUCCUAUGCGACGGUGCAGCCGCGUGCACCAAAUUUCCAGUAUUUCGAAAGACCCAAAUACCGUUAUCCGUACUAUGAUGAAAAUGGGCGAGGCAAACUAUUGUAUGGCUAUGGCGGACCGGAUCUAUAUCAAUACAAGACAUACACACCGCUAGAGGGAAUACAUUAAGCAGCUUUAACUAAAUUUAAAGCAAAUAUAUAUAAUAAUGUAA